AAAAGACAACUAACUCGGCAAACGAUAGAUCAGUGUACUCGCUUUUGUUCACCGGUAAACACACCAGUGAAACUACAAUAAUAAAUAAAUACACAUUUUUCAUAUUAUUAUAUUAUUCGAUAUAAUAUUUAUACGCCUUACUUGCCCGUGUCUGCCGGUGAAGUCGUGCUAAUCACACUUACCCGUAAUAUACCGCGAUCGAACGAACCGACCAAAUGAUGAGGAAACUUGCGUUCGCGGCGUGUAUGCUGUUGGUGGCGGCUCAAGCCGCGUACGGUCACCCGACGGCCGAGGAGAUGCCCGCCGCCGAGGAAGUCGUCGGCUUGGACAAAGUCUACAAGGUCAUGCAAGAGUGUUCCGAGAAGAACAUGGUCACCUGCCUGAAAAUGAGAGCUUUGCAGUACGUCGACCGGGCACUCCGCAAAUCCGACGACAUUGAUGUAUUUGAAGGCAUCACCCUGGUCAAAUCCGAGUCGGUCGAGUCCAGCCGGGGCCUGAACGGCCGUUCGCUGUCCGAAUCCGAAGUCGACGAAACCCCGGCCAAGGACGAAGACGAGAAGGACGCCCAGGUCGAGAACCUCUUGUUGGACCGCGUCGCCCGAUUCUUGGAAAGCCACACCCUUCAACUCAAGGUCCCCGAAUCGUCCAUCUCCGACAUGAGGAGGUCUCUCGAUGAAGGUACGAACCGACAUCCGUUUUCUUUUUAAUAUUUAUUUUAUACGCGUUCCGCGUGGGGCGGGAACUCGACGCUUUUCAAAUUCGUUUGAAUUUUUUCUCUCUUUCGCUAUUCGAUUUCCGAAUUUUUCCACCAUUACGCUAUUGAACACGUGCGUGGGCGUCCGUAACGGUUCGGUAGUGCUAAAACAUACGCACACACACACGCGCGCACGCGCACACGAGCGCGCAUAAACACGUGCGGCGCGUCAACACGUCACGAUUAGCCCGAUUGUGUCGAAUAUUAUCGUGUGAAAAUUCAGAAAAAAAAAAAAAAAACAACAACAACAAUACAAAUUCAUUCCGUCGUAGAUUUACGGCGAUUUUUUUCCGGGCUCGGCACAUCGCGGUAUCCGCCGGGGGCGACCCACGAUAGCGAUGCCGUAAUUUCAUGUUGUUUUUAAAAACCGUCCGCGACAAGCGCGCGUGGUCACCGUUUUCCGGUAAUCGCGAUACAAUAACAAUUGUCGACCGGCGGCGGGCAAAGCGCGGUGUCGUUCGUUGGCGCGCGCCGUCGACUCGUCCCCGGGGCGCCGCCACGGAGCGAAACGCAAGAAAACGGCUGGCGCGACGACAGUAAUAACAUCUCUGUGUAUUGUCGUAAUGAUAAUAUUAUAUUUUUAUCGUAUUAAUAAUAAUAUGUGUUUGAUUGCACGGUCGUCGGUGGUCCGCGGGUUCAACGCCGCCGCCGCCACCGCCGGGGGGGCUCCCGCGUACGGGCGUGACGCGGCCGCCGCGGAGAAAGCGGCGCGCGAUCCUUUCACUAGAAAACUCCGCCGGCGGCGUUCCGACAACGUCUCGCGGGCUCGAAACCGAAAGGCCGUCGCGUCCGACCCUAUUACAGGAAUAAAAGAAAUAUUAUAUUUUCAAUGUCGCGCGUUGACGAUAUUACAAUCAUAACGUUACCAGAUGUCACCACGAUAAUAUUUCGUCUUCGACACCCGCGCGCGGCGUGUUCACGGUUCUCAUUAUUUUUCUCUCUAUUAUAUUUUACAGCCCGCGGCAAGAAGAAGAAGAACCAGAAGAUGCUCUUGCCCCUGCUGAUGUUGUUGAAAAUGAAGGCCAUCGCCCUCGUCCCCCUGGCCAUCGGUGCCCUCGCCCUAUUGGCGUUCAAGGCUCUCGUCGUCGGCAAGCUCGCCCUCGUCCUGGCCGUCAUCAUCGGCAUCCAAAAACUGUUGGCUAACAAGUCGCACCCGCCGUCGUACGAGGUCGUCUCGCACCCGCACUACACCGAGGAACACGGUCACCACAGCAGCGGUUACGGACGAUCCCUCCAGGAGUCCGGCGCACAGGAAAUGGCGUACCGCGGCCAACACUGACCCUCCGAUCCUUCGAACUCCCCUCCCCCCCCAAAACCCCUCCCCUCUCCCAGACGUUUUCGCCGUCAUCCCGGACACACUAGUAGGUGAUAUCUAUUUAUCGUUUGUAAAUAGUAUUCGAAAAGUAUUACAUUCCCCGGCGACGAUGACGGCGACGUAUAAUUUAUUUUAUAAAUAUAUAUUAUUUUUGUUUUUUUUAAAUUAUUACUGCAAUCUCUUUUUCUUUCAACCGCCCGUCUCGACUUCUCGGCGCCCCCUUCGGCGGCCUUCUCCUCCCUACCGAUAGCGACGACAACUUACUGCUUUACAACGCCGAACCAUACGCAUCACACGCACACGCGCGCGCGCGCGCGCACGUAAACAUCAAACGAUACCUAUACCGACGACGGCCCCGGCGGCCAAUAAUAACGGGUCCCGAACCAAUCGCCACGGGACAAUGACCGCCGUCGCGGUCGCUCCGCGCCGAAGUUUUACGCGCCGACCACGCGCGGCCGUCGCAGCGCAUUGUCGCGUUCGGAAACCCCCCCGGGCGGUCGGCCCGUCGAGCACAUAUGCACACAGAAGUCGUCGGUCUAGUGACACACUGCGCGCCGCGCGCUUAUAUAGGUCGACCCGGAGCGAGAGGGGAAAAUAGAAUAAAAACGAUUUCCGAAACUGGUUUCCGAACUAUAUAAAACGCUCUCGACGAAUAGAAACCAUACACAUUAUUAGAAAUCUAUAUAAUUUUUUUUUUUUUUCCGUAUUUCUACCGCGCCGCCCACCUUGACCUUCUCACCGCUCGGCGAUCUUUUCGUAUGCUUAACCGAUCGCGACUACCGGUUCUCGACGGGACUCGUAUUCUCCUCUUUUCCGUCGCGCAUAAACGACGAGCGGACCGUACGUGGAAACAAAAAAAAAAAUAAUAAUAAUAAAAAAAAAACUAGUUCGAUUAGCCGCUCCCGGCUUCAGCUCCUUUUCCGCCGUUUCGCAAACACAACACGCGCACACGCAUUUAGCAAGCAAAACUCCGUACGUCAUACACAACGACCGACCAAAGACUAUGAUUUUUACCCGACCCGGAAACGUAUCGCUCACCGGCCCAUAAUAAUAUUACGUUGUUGUAUUUAUUAUUGAUUUUUGUAUUGUUUUAGUUUUUUUUUUUUUUUUUACCAUUUCGUACUUUUAUAUCGAAACGAGCACACCGCGAAGACUUAUGUACAUAACAGUCGUUAGAUACAUAUUAUUAUUAUUAUACUGUGCGUACCAAUGUGUACAAUCGAAUAAAAACGAUUUGAUUUCAGUUAUACUGUAUCACUUUAACUUACUCCUUACACACUUGUCUGCUUGCUUAUGUUCACUGCUCAUUUUUUUUUUUUGUUAUUUUCUCCCGCGAAACACGCCGGUACUCGAUUUGAACAUCACAAUGCAAUACGCUGCCGCCGCCGUUUAUAAUCCGCACGUUUAUGUAUAGGUAUAGGCAGGUGUGUAUCUAAUGAUAAUUCGGCUCUGCAGCAAACAUAUUA